UUGACAUUUCCUUUGAUGGAGAUUGGUCUUAUUCCAUAAAAAUGCUCAGGGAGGAGAAACGACGCAAGCUGCAUGAGGCCGUCCUCAACAUGCUCCAUCCUCCUCCAUCACCUCCACCAAAAGAUGAGCCUGGAAACGUACCGUUGAGCAUUUUAGGCGAGGACUUUGAAGCAGACGGCUUAGGGGAAAGUGGGUCUUCAGCAACGAGCAGCGAAGACGACGGCAAUGACGAAAGUGAGGCUCAGAGACUUACAAGGGCUCAGAGGAAGAGACUCCGCAAAAAGAAGCUCAAGGAAGAUGCUUCUCGCCGUAGGGAAAUUAUUGGGCCUCUAUUACCUUCAGCAACCGAUCAAUGUGACAAUGAAGCACAAGGUGUUCGACGUAACGCCUCUGAGAAACCUGGCGCUGCUGUCACCGAGGAACCGGGAGAUGAGCCACCUGCUUGCAGUAAUCAGAACAAAGUAAAGCAAAGGAGGAAGGCAAAGAAGCAGGCUAGAGAAAGAGAGCAAGUUUGAAAGGAAGGGCAAAUAUUAAACUAUUCGAUGUUGCUUACAUGAAUGAUUUGUAUUGGUUUGUACACUUAAGUGUUGAAUCGCAUACAAGAAUUAUGUUAUUGACCUACAUUACUGUCA